CGCGACAAUGAGCACCGUGCCACAGGAUUGGAAUCUCCACCUCAAGUAUCCGGGCAUCGAGCUCCGUAAGCGGAGCGGGAGCGGCCUCAGUGCCGCCGCGAGGGUGCUCGCUCUCGUCACGUGGCAAGGCAUGCACCACUACCGCGUGCGCUGGGCUAUCGUUUUCAACGGCAACACUGCAAUGGUCGCCUACCUCGCGAAACAACACACGAUGUUCCUAUCCAAGCCGUUUGGGCGCGAGGGAGACAAAGGCCUCACCCUCGCUAGCGCUUUAUUCGCGCUUGCUGUCAUGAAGCAUGGAAGCGACUCCGCCCGUCCCAUGGGCACGAUGCGCGACAAUUCGUUGAGUUUCCUGCCUCGCCCCUCUGGUGCCCUCAUCUACUCCCAGUGGGAGAUGGUGUGCGACAAUUGUGAGUGGGCGGUAAAGGACACGCAGCUAUUUCGCGACGCCGCAGAGUUUCCGGAUUCGUCGGAGUCAGAGUCGGGGUCAGAGGUGAAUGUGUAGAUGAUGGACGAGAGAGAGGGUGCGGGCCGACUGGCCGUUAGACUGAGCGGAAUGUCCAACCAUGGAUAUGCUGCGUCAGUUCUCUCCCGUCCUUCCCUCCGGAUUCUGUGAUGCUUAGUAGCAUGUAUCGUCA